AUGGAAGAGCUAAUAGCCAUAUAUCUAUCUCCAGAAAGGGAAGGUAUUAUUUUUGAUGAUUCAUCUGAUGUUUAUUAAUCAUGUUCUUACUGUAUUUCAUAAUCAAAUCCAUAAUGUGAGGGAAUGUAUAAUUCAUCUGCCACAAGAACUGACCAAUUAAAUUUAAUGUUGGUACCUUUGGAUAUUAAAAAUUUUGCAAUUACAAAUAAAGUGCCAAUCUUCCUAUUUGCAAUGAAACACACAGGUAAAGUGAUUCGAUAAUAUCAUGCUGAAUUUAGAGGUUUCUAUGAGCUUUGGGGGGUAGUCUGCAUCUAUGGGAACAACAGUUUUUAUUAUUUUGAACCUUCACAAUUGAAUUAGCAAUACAUAUACAAUAUUAAAAUAUAACUAGAAUUUAUUCAUUCAAAUUCAGUUAUUAAUUUCUAAAAUAUGAGCUACUCAACUUCCAAGUUUUCUUCUUAUUUAAGAUCACCUUAUACUGCUCCUUCAACUGAUUCCUCAAGGUGGAAAUCAACUCCUUUAAUAGGCAUAUCAUUGAUUGAGCGAAUGCCAUACGAAAGAUAUAACGAGCAUGUACCUGAAUCCAAAAUAGAAUAUAUGCCUAUAGAAAAACGAUACAGGGAUUACUUAUAAGACCGAAAAUAUUUCCAAGAUCGUUACAACAAUGUUGUUGCCGUUCCAAGACUGGAAAGAAAGGAAUAGAUUUUUCCUUUAGAAUAUUAUCAAGAUACUUUGAAUUACAUUCCUUUUCAAAGACAAUCAGUUUUUUCUAGAUUUAAUUAUUGAUUAAACCAUCCAUAUAAAAUUUUAAGAUAAUUGUUAUUU